UGCAUGCAUGCAGGCGGGCAGGCGGCAGGCCAUCAUCAAUUCAUCAUCAUCAUCUCCUUCCGACCUUCCCUUGCCAUCGUCGCGUCGUCUUCCAUUCCAUCUACUGCUGCUACUACCACGACUCCAGCAAACCCCAAAUGGCGCAGCCGCCAGCCGCCGAUGACGCCUCCAUCGUCGACCGCGACGUCUGGCUCGCCUGCGCCGUCCCGCUCUCCCGCCUCCCCGCCCUCGCCUCCCAGAUCUACUACUUCCCCCACGGCCACGCCGAGCAGUGCCCCGCGCAUCUCCCGGCCCUGCUUCCCGGGCCCCACCUCUUCCCCUGCACCGUCACCGCCAUCCGCUUCGGCGCCGACGCCAAGACCAACGAGGUCUUCGCCGCCAUCUCCCUCCACCCGGGCCCCCACCGCGGGCCCCCCGCCGACCCCAACGGACCCCAGCUCGACCACCAACUCACCUACUUCGCCAAGCAGCUCACGCAGAGCGACGCCAACAACGGCGGCGGCUUCUCCGUGCCCCGCUACUGCGCCGACGCCAUCUUCCCCAGCCUCGACUUCGACGCCGACCCGCCCGUGCAGAACCUCAUCAUGCGGGACCCCAAAGGCAAGGCCUGGCAGUUCCGCCACAUCUACCGCGGCACGCCGCGCCGCCACCUGCUCACCACCGGAUGGAGCAAGUUCGUCAACGCCAAGCUGCUCGUCGCGGGAGACAGCGUCGUCUUCAUGCGCCGCCCCAACGGCGACCUCAUCAUCGGACUGCGCCGCGUUCCCAGGUUCCCCGUCUCAGCCUCACUCGGAGGCGCCUCAGCGGCCCAGGCCCAGGCGCCGCGCAACGCGCGCGCGCGGGUGCCGCCCGAGGACGUCAUGGAGGCGGCGCGGCUCGCCGCGGAGGGUAGCCCGUUCACGGUCACCUACUUCCCGCGCCAGGGCGCCGGGGAGUUCGUCGUGCCGCGCAAGGAGGUGGAGGACGCGCUGGCCACCAGCUGGGAGCCCGGGAUGCAGGUGCGCAUGCAGGUCAUGGAGGCCGAGGACGCGCGACGCACCGACUGGGCCAACGGCACCGUCAAGGCCCUUCGCCCAUCCAUCUGGCGCGCGCUUGAGAUUGGCUGGGAUGACUCCACGCCGUCUUCAUCUGCCAAGAGCAGAUAUGUAAAUGUUUGGCAAGUCCAAUUUGUUGGACACCCUCCUCUUCUGAAGAGACUAAGGAUUUCUAACACAAUUGGAGAUGACCCCAUGGGUGCUCCACGGAUCGGACCGGAAAGCCGGGAGAUGGCGAUACUACUGGGCGCACCAAUUCCUGCUGGCAUGCAGGGAGCCAGGCAUAACGGCCCUACUGAUGUACCCUCUUCAUCCUCUGGAAUGAUCACAACUCAGCAACUAUUCCCCAUGGAUCCUCAGAUGCCACAGAGUCUAAGUGGUGGCUCCUCUGAGAUUUUGGAUCCUGAAAUUGGUUCUCCUCCCAACAACUCAGUAAACAUGCCUCCAUCUAACCUUCCUGUUGAAACGAAGAGCAUACAACUUUUUGGCACCACAAUCACACCCCAUGUUGCGCAAAGUGCUACCGGUGGUGCUUCUGAAGAAGUGAAUGAAGUUCCUAAUGGUGUGGUUGAUGAAAAUGUUGAGGAAGAUAUUUAAACCUUGCAGCUGUACUUGAAGAUGGUUGGAUCAGACUGGGACUGUUACUACCGCGUGCGUCUGCCUUUCUACUGCAGGAUCCUACUAUCAAGUGUCUCGUUUUAUGUCACAGCGUUUCAAUGCAAUUUAGUUCAACCUCUCGGACAUCUUAUGGAUUUCGUGUCUUUUCUGAUGCAUGCAGUUUAUCUGUAACUUUAGUAGGCUGGAUGGUUAACGCAUGCCCUGCUAGUUCAACCUCUGGCUGGA